AUGACAACUCUGGCCGGAGCUGUCCCCAGGAUGAUGCGACCCGGGGCCGGGCAGAACUACCCCCGCAGCGGGUUCCCGCUGGAAGUCUCUACUCCUCUAGGCCAGGGCAGAGUCAAUCAGCUCGGAGGAGUGUUUAUCAAUGGCAGGCCUUUACCCAACCAUAUCCGACACAAGAUAGUGGAGAUGGCCCACCAUGGCAUAAGGCCCUGUGUCAUCUCUCGCCAGCUGCGAGUGUCCCACGGCUGCGUCUCCAAAAUUCUCUGCAGGUACCAGGAGACGGGCUCCAUCCGGCCGGGGGCCAUCGGCGGCAGCAAGCCCAAGCAGGUGACGACGCCGGAUGUUGAGAAGAAAAUCGAGGAAUACAAGCGGGAAAACGCGGGCAUGUUCAGCUGGGAGAUCCGGGACAAACUGCUGAAAGACGGGGUGUGUGACCGCAACACGGUGCCGUCAGUGAGCUCCAUCAGCCGCAUCCUGAGGAGCAAGUUUGGGAAAGGCGAGGAAGAGGAGGCUGAGCUGGAAAGGAAGGAAGUGGAGGAAGGCGACAAGAAGACCAAGCACAGCAUUGAUGGCAUCCUCAGCGAAAGAGCUCCAGUAGCACCCCAGUCUGAUGAAGGCUCUGACAUUGAUUCUGAACCAGAUUUACCUUUAAAAAGAAAGCAGCGUCGUAGCAGGACAACCUUCACGGCAGAGCAACUGGAAGAGCUGGAGAGAGCUUUUGAGAGGACACACUACCCUGAUAUUUAUACCCGGGAAGAACUUGCGCAAAGAGCCAAACUCACGGAGGCUCGUGUCCAGGUCUGGUUUAGUAACCGGCGUGCUAGAUGGAGGAAACAGGCAGGAGCCAAUCAACUGAUGGCUUUCAAUCAUCUGAUCCCAGGAGGAUUUCCACCCAGUGCCAUGCCAACUUUGCCGACGUACCAGCUCUCUGAGCCCUCCUAUCAACCCACCUCCAUACCGCAAGCUGUGUCUGAUCCAAGCAGUACUGUCCAUAGACCUCAGCCUCUCCCUCCAAGCACAGUACACCAAAGCAGCCUCCCUUCGAAUCCAGAGAGCAGCUCUGCCUAUUGCCUACCCAGCACCAGGCAUGGAUUUUCCAGCUAUACAGACAGCUUUGUGCCUCCGUCCGGGCCCUCAAAUCCCAUGAACCCUGCCAUUGGCAAUGGCCUUUCACCUCAGGUAAUGGGACUCUUGACUAACCACGGUGGUGUGCCUCACCAGCCCCAAACUGAUUAUGCCCUGUCCCCUUUAACCGGGGGCCUGGAGCCCACCACCACCGUCUCAGCCAGCUGCAGCCAGCGGCUAGAUCAUAUGAAGAGCUUAGACAGCCUGCCUACAUCCCAGUCCUACUGCCCACCGACCUACAGCACCACGGGUUACAGCAUGGACCCUGUCACAGGCUACCAGUAUGGACAAUAUGGACAAAGUGCCUUUCAUUAUCUGAAGCCAGAUAUUGCAUAAAUGAACUGUCCACUUCAAGUUAAAACUGGUCCUGUUUUCCAGUCUCACUCCAAGGCUUGGAUACGAGGGAUCUUCUCAACAAACUGCAGUCUAAACUGGGACAGCCCCACUGAGAGAAGCAGGCUUGUAAUAUUCUCUCCAGUCAUAGCUUUUAGUAGACUUUUGAAGGCUGGACAAAGCUAUACAGAAGACAAAAGCCAAAAGCAAUAGCGAAUAAAUAAAUGCGACAUGGUUCAUUAUGAGUGGGUAUACAAAACAGAGCAGUAUUUAAUACCACUGCCUGGCAAAACAUUCCAUUUUUUGUUGUUGAAAUUAAUGUGCAUUGAUUGAGACAAAUGGAACAUUCUGAAACUUAGAGCAGCUGAGUUCUGCAUACUCUGACUCAUUGACAUCCAGUGCUGACUUCACUCUAACUUUAAAACUGCUCAGUUUCUGAAGCAAGGGCAGGAGAACCUCUUUCAUUUUACACACUGGAAGUUGUCAUCAAGAGGAAAUGUCACAGUCCAUAGGAAGCUAGGAUAAGUGUUGAAAGACUUCCUGAGCAACUUAUUGGUUACCUUACCAUGCUUUUGUAAUCAUGUGGUCAAUAAAUGUCACUUACAAGUUUUGCUUUACCAAGAGAUGAGAUCUUGUGUAACAUCAAAAACAGAUUUUACCUUUUUGUAUGUGGAGUUUUCCUAGUCCGUUGUACCUUUUUGAACAAACAUGGGAGAAAAAAAAUCAACAAGACGACUGAUUUUUCAUGACUGCGUAGCAACGUGCAAUACUGUGUACCUCAC